CUGUAGAGGCUAGAGGCCCGCCCCAUGACUGCAUGAAGCCAUGGGGGGACAUCCAGACACAAACCAUAACAGUCACUAAGCAUGCAAACCAGAGUGGGUAAUUUUUAGUCUAGAACUCUACUGACAGUGCAACUUUGGAAAAGGACCUCACUGAAUAAAAGCUCAUCAGUUCUUAAAAAAAAGGUAGCAACUGUUUAGAAUCGUGACUCCAGAUUAGUUCACUUUCUUGGGGGCCAAACAUGAAAACAGGCAGCGGAGUCCGUUUAUUUUACGUGAAGCGCGUAGACUGCGUACGGGAAGGUGUCACAGAGCAGACAGGAGGCAAGUCCGCGGUGGGUGUAAGCGCUGAUGGGAAAACACCUCUAGAACAGGGGAGCGGUUUCAUUCCGAGCCGCCCAGGAUCCUGUAGAGGAUGUGCAGCAGCUCUCCAAGUGUCGCUCUGCCCCCUGGCGGGCACAGGAGAGAGAGACCUCUGGUCAAUGGCUGCUGCGUCUGGCUCACCAGUCCAUCAAAGAGCGUUGCCGAGGGGCUGCGUGCGUGAAGGAGUCAGCGGCAAGACAGAGCUGGCGGCCAGCGGGAGCGCGGCUCUUACGGUGGGCGGCUUGUUUCGAGUCGCGGCCGCAGCCCCCCUCGAGGUCCCUCCCCUUGAGCGAAGCCCCAGCGUCCGCCCCGCGGCCUCAACUCUGCCCUUCCAGGGCCGUGGGCGCGGAAGCGCAUCCCUCCUGCACACAGCUUGGGGGGGGCGCCGCCCGGGUCUGCGCGGGAGGGCGCGAGGCGGGGGCUGCUCGCUGGGCGCCGUUCCCGGCAGCCCGCCGCGUCGCCGCGACAUUGUGACGGCGCCGGGCCCCGACGCCCCGGACCGCGGCCAUGACUGUGCCCGGCCGUCUGCAGGAAGGAGCGGCCGGAGCGGGGAGGACGGGCCGCCCAACCCGGCGCGCGUCCGCUGCGUAAAAACGAGCAGGCACCGUUCUCGAGGUGGACUAAGAGCCGCCCCGCGGCAGGCAGGGCAGAAUCGGGCCGCCAGCCCGCAAGGCCGCCUACGAAGCUACGCCCACGCCGAGGAGAGAACCUCGGGCCGCAGCGUCGGCCUCAGUCUGCACUGCACUUCCGCCUGGCCGCCGUGCGCCGCAGUGCGCCUGCGCGCGCGCCCCUCGCGGCGGAAGUGGUAGCGGCGGGCGGGAGCGGCCGCGCGACGCCAGGCCGGGCGCGGGGUGACAGCCCGGGGUUCCGGGGCAGCUCUUCCCGGCCCUGCCCCUCUGCGCUCCCAGGGCGGCCGCGGCCGGCGCUAGAGACUCUGUAGCCAGCAGCCCGGUGCAGUUUCGAUGGAAAAU